AUGUCAUCCAAGCGUAAGAAGGGUCAAGGUGAUCAAAAUGGGUCAAGCCGAAAUUUGGAUGGUCGCAGAUUAAGAACAGUCAAUGAAGCAAAGGCAUUAGCUGAAUAUCUAGCAAUCAAACCGGAAAUGGCCAAGAAAGAGAAAGAAGAGAGGAGGAAACGAUGGGAACAAGUUGUAGAAUUGGCAGAGCGAAGGGAGCAGGAAAUUAAGAAUGGUACGAAAGGAAAGGUGGAUGGAAAAUGGGUUGAGGAUAAAGAGGAAGCCGGAGAGAGGACGCGUGAGGCUGUCAUUGCAGCUAUGAAGGCUGGAAACUAUAAAGACAAUUUGUUGGCAACAUCUUCAGGCAGUGGUUCGGGAACCGAUGGCUCCGCUAGUGAAGAAGAUGAGGUUAUGGGGGAUGUAGACUCAAACGACACAACUCCACCUUCGGAAUCUACACCAGGCAAACCAAAAUCUAUGAGUUUCUUCGGCUUUGAUGAAGAUGAUGAGUUUAUGAGUGAUGAUGAAGAGGAGGAUGACGACGAUGAGAAGGACGAAAUUGAAGCCAAGGAGCUCGAAGUCCCAGAAGAAGUGGAUGAUGAGGAAGAGGGAGAAGAGGAGGUUGAGCAAGUUGCCAAAGAGCCAACACCACCUCCUGCUCCUGCUCCAACAAAGACGAAAAGCCGAUCAAAGAUCCCCGUGAAAGCUCCCACAAAAGCAGCGGCAAAAGCACCAGCGGAGGCGCCUGCUAAAGCCCCUGCCAAAGCAGCUGCAAAGGGAAGAGGAAAAGGCAAGGGGAAGGCCAAAUAA